AUGCUACCCUUCCGCUCACUUGCUCGAGCGCGCAGCAAGGUGACGCUUAUCGCAUUGCUUCCGAGAACGACUUUUCGUCCCGCGCGGUCAUGGCAACAACCCACCCUCUUCCAGCGCAACAGCACCACCAAGCGAUUGUCCUCCACCACAACCCAUUCGCGCCCCAUUGCGCCUCCUACAGCUCGUACCGCUCGACGGCCGCCGUCCAGUCACCCGUCUCUCGACACCCUUCAGAGGUGGACCUUCGUGGCCACCGCGCUAAGCAUAGGCGCGCUCUUCGGUGUCAUCUUUAGCCAUACCGUUGCGCCGGCGCCGCUUCCGGAGCCCGGGAGCGAGAAGGAUGCAAAAGUGCUUGCAGAGCUCGAGGACGAAGUCGAUGAGUUGGAGAUUGUCAAAGAGUUGAGGAGAUCGCCAAAGCGUAUGGAAGGAGCGGGGUUCCAGUACAGGGCCGAGAGGUUGCGAGACUUGCACCGUGAACGCCACCUCUCCAACCCCCAGGCGGACAGCGCGUUCUUCGGAUGGCCUGCGCGGGAGCAGGCGCAGGAGGCGCAGCAGAGGCGGGCGAAGAGGGCGGAAGAGAGACGGGCAAGGAAGAAGGGAGCAGGGCCUCUGCAUCAGGACGUCAAGCUCGACAAGCUCCCGACCCCUGAGCCGCAAGUCGCAGAAGCCGUAGAAGCAGCAGCGGCGCCGAACCCCUGGAUCGAACUCGACCCUCCCGCGUCGCGCUCCCCAACCUCCAAGCCCCUGUCCCCCUCUCCUCCCUCCCCAUCCUCCUUAAGCAACCCAGAAAGACUAGACUCAGACACCCCACUCCACAGCCCGCUGUCCGCGCCCAGUGAUCCUCCUCCCGCCCACACAGCCUCCACCUCUCCUUCGGCCUCCCAGUCUCCAUCCCCAUCCCCCUACACGCACUCCACCCUCCCCGGCUCCCGCGCCCUCGGCCACGCCGGCCCCCGCACCGUCCAACGCACCUUCUACAACCCCACCACGCGCGAGCUCGUGCAGGCCGUCUGGCUCGGUGGCGCGCUGAGCGGGUGGCCGGGCGUCGUGCACGGCGGGCUCAUCGCCACUGUUGUUGGCGAGGCGGGGGGCUGGUGUUGGGGGCUGAGCAGGGUUGUUGAGGGGGCCGAUUCCGCGGAUGCUGGUGCUGAUGCUGAUGCUGAUGCUGCGGCAGCGGUGCUAGCGGCGGCGGCAAAGGAGCCGUCUUGUGAGGAGCCGAAGGAGCUGAGUCUGACAUACCGGAAGCCGACGACGUCGAAUGGGUUUUAUGUCUUGAGGUCGAGGGUUGAGACCCCCAGGGCUGCGGCUGAGGCUGCGGCCGCGCCGGUUCCUGCGGAGACGCCGAAGCCGCCGGUGGAUGUGACGUUGCCGCCGAGCAAGGAUCUCACGAAGCAGGUGCAGCUGGCUGAUCUGGGUGGAGCUGGGAAGGGAGGGGCGGGAGACGUCGAGGUCGUGACCACGCUGGAGAAUUUGGAGGGGAAGGUCUGCGUCAAGGCAAGGAUGACAUUUGCACGGUGA